AGGAGGGUUUUACCAAUUUGCAUUUUCCAGCAUAGAAUACAGGCACACCCCAUUUGUUUGAUACUAUAAAUAAAUUCAGAGAGCCACAGAUUCACUUUUCUUCGAAAAUGGUGAAUCAGCAACAAAUACAGAGUCGUCUCGAAGCAGUACCUCUUCUAGUGGUCAUACUUAUCGGUGCCCAUGUCCUCGCUUUGGUGUACUGGAUUUAUCGACUAGCAAAUCAGAAGCAACCCCUGAGGCUUAAAAAACACUAGGAUUCCCUUCAUUUUUUCGGUCCUAUGUCUCUCUUUUUUUUCCUGUUGAAAUUUUAUGUUUGGGGAUCAUCGAAUUGCUUGAGAAUUUCAGUUGUUGAAAGUUGAAUGGGGAUAUUUGGUUUGUAUAUUUUGUUAUAGACUGGAUAUUUUGUGCUUCAACUUGUACUGGGUUGGAACCCCUUGGUCCCUUCUUACAACAAUUUCACUUUUGGUUAAUGAUUGGCAACUUUAGAUAUUAAAAUUUCUUGAGAAUUUGGGUUCUUGAAAUUUUAAUAGGUAAUCUGUUAUCUAACCUAGACAUGAAUAUGAGCUUCCUAUUCUUUUUUUAUUUUUUAUUUUUUAAAGGUAUUUCAUCAAGAAAGUGUAAAGGUAUAUACAUAGGGAGUAGAUUAUCACUGCUGCAAGUGUAAAGAGCCCAAAAAAUCUAUAAUGCCUGCCCCUCUACCCUUCUUCACCUUAAAUAUCAGGCUUUUGUAUGCAACAACAACAAGAAGAAGAACAACAACAAACCAGUGUAAUCCCACAAGUGGGGUCUGGGGAGGGUAGAGUGUACGCAGACCUUACCCCUGCCUUUAAGAAGGCAAACAAGGUUCGGAUAUAUGACAAGUGCUUAAUCCACAUAUUACGCAUUGCACUCUUACCACUAGACCAAAGUCUUGGGAGUAUCUAUUACUCAUGAUGAGUAAAAUGUGAUGAGAUAAUCUAACUUUAGCAUCUUUUUAUUUGAUUAAGAAAGAAAGAGGAAAAGAAGCAAUGAGCUGUGUGCGCUUGUAGCAUUUCAAAAUUGUUGAAAUUUGAGCAUGCAUCAACACUUAUAUGAUGUUCUCAACUUUUGAGAAGCUACAGGAAUCUAGAUGAGGAAUUAAGAAGAAACGAAGAACGAGUUUCCAAAUUGGGUUCGCAGUUAGCAACUUUGAUCUUUGUGUUCUAUAAGUCCAUUUAAGCUCAAAUGAUCAUGAUUUUUGAUUUAAAGAUUCAUUUGAAAUUGUAUUUUUUCCCUAUAUUCUACUAUCUUCUACCCCUUGAUCCAAUUUAUAUGCGGUAUUUUCUAUUUUUGCGAGGCCACAAAUAUGACAUUCAAAAAUUCAGAAACUUAUUUUCAAUCAAUUUUUUGAGUUUGAACUCUGAUGGGAUGCUGUUUGAUCAUACUGGCUUUUCAAGAACUAUUCAAAUGCUUUCAUCCACUUUAGCUUACAUAAUAGCAAAUCAAAAUAAUUUUUUAAGCUUUGUAUCAAGUCAAAUGGUGUUGCAUAAAUGGGAGAGUGGGAGUAUUUGUGAUGCUAAUGACCCAUCCAAGAUAAUGCAUUUACCUUAUUUUGGAUUCAUAAUGGCUUAAUAAUUUCUUAAGAUCCAGAGGGUUAAACAAAACUCUCUUCUUGUCAAUUGAAGAAUUUUGUGUGAGAAAAUCCUGUGUUUUCUUAUUUAUUCCUUCGUUGUUCUUUCGUUAUGGUGGUUCGAGGCUAUUGUUUAAUAUACUGAUUCUACAUUCUUCACCCAAAUUCAAAUGAUUUUGUUCCUUUAAAUUUCUUUUUAGAUUUUGUUUAUUCUCUUUCCUUAUGUAUUCCUACUAUUAAUAAGCGGGAGACGAGAGCUGCAUCCGGUUAAAGACAGAACAACAUCCGGUUAGAAAGCGAGUCAGAAGGGUUUAAUUGUAGUUUAAUCAAAAUGCCUAACAUUAUAGUUCGACACUUGCUGCCCGCUUUCUCCAGGUUUGACACGUUGCUACCUAGCAAAAUUUUCGGUUGCACUCGGCUUCCUCUGUUUUCUUUGUGCAAAUCUUUGAUGAUUUCUCAAGUUCCUGCUCUUCUUUACGCCGUCUUUCAGUUUGCCGUUUGCACGUUCCUGGACUAGCUCUCUUGCUAUUUGUCUGAUAUACAGUAAAGAAAAACAUGCAGGUCACCUAGAGUAUCGACACUUGUGAAAAAACACAUUAAUGGAUAGUCGACGGUGCUUGUCGUCCGUGAUUCAACACUACUUAUUCCCGUUCAUUUGUCUAGACAACACCUUCUUUGGUAUGACUAUGAUAGGAAGGUGUGGAAUCUCGACUUGCAACGCUUACAGUAGAUAUGAGUGAUCUCACCAAGUUGUCGAAUGUCAGCAACCAUUCAGACUUGCCAUCCACCUUCCAGCCGCAGCAGAUCGCUCAACUUGCAACUACUUUACCUGCCAUAUUCAAUUCUCUCUAUGCUCGCCGUGCUAUUAUAUAUAUAUAUCCAUCUGAUAGUUGACACCUAAAAUUCCCUAUUGCAGGUGUGGAAUCUCGACUUGCAACGCUUACAGUAGAUAUGAGUGAUCUCACCAAGUUGUCGAAUGUCAGCAACCAUUCAGACUUGCCAUCCACCUUCCAGCCGCAGCAGAUCGCUCAACUUGCAACUACUUUACCUGCCAUAUUCAAUUCUCUCUAUGCUCGCCGUGCUAUUAUACCUGCUGCCAAUGGACACUGCUCUGCUCGUGCCCUAGCCCGCUAUUAUGCUGCACUCGCUGAGGGUGGGAGAGUUCCUCCACCGCAUUAUUCUUCCAUGCCAACCUUAGGAAGCCACCCACACAUUCCAAAGUUCCCUUCUCAACAGACUGUUAAGAAGCAAAAAUCUAGGAAGAAAACUGCUGCUUCAGAUGCUGAUGGUCCUGGACCGACUCAAAACAGCAGUUCGUCUGUUGAUAAUGGCUAUGGAAAUGAUGGCAAAGGUAAUGUUUAUGUCCGGAUUCCCGACGACAAUAGCUGCAGUGGCGGUGAUACGUCAAGUGAUAACCGGAAUAUUAAACUCUUCCACAACCAAAGAGUUCAUGAUGCUUUCAUGGGAGUUGGAGAAUAUGAAAACCUUACGGACCCUAAUGGGGAGUUUGGGCUUGGGUUUAAAAGGAGUUACUCAACAAGUGGGGAACUUAUUGGCUUCGGGCAUUCAGGUAUGGGCGGAUCUACUGGUUUUUGUAACCUCAAGCAUAAGUUUGCAAUUGCAGUAACUCUCAAUAAGUUGUCAUUUGGAUCUGUGACUGCGAAAAUAAUACACUUGAUAUGUUCUGAGCUUAACAUUCCAGUGCCACAGGAAAUUUCCAGACUUGUUGAGACUGGAUCUAGUCUUUUUGUGUUCUGCUCUCUCUUCGAGAAAGUAGUCCUUGUGAUAGUCUCCAUAAACAAUGUCAUAGGUUCUAAUAUAGGGGAAGGAAGAACCCGAGGCAGCAUUAUCCCUGCGAUGGAUGCUGUAAUAAGAGUGUUCAAACGCGUUAGUGGACUUGAAGCUGAUGGCAACUUACCUGGAGCUGCUGGGGCUGCAUUCUGCUCUAUCAGACUACUUGUAGCAUCAACACAAGCUGUGAACUUAAUAGGAAAACAAGGGUCUUUAAUCAAGCCUAUCCAGCAAACAACUGGUGCCUCCAUUCGAGUUCUUUCAAAUGGAGCUUUUUCUCAUUCCAGUUCAAAUGUUGUAGAUAUACAUAGAAUAAGCCUACUUUCUAUGAUUGACACAGCAGGCACCGUUUUUUUGGCCAAUGACGUUUACUUUAUCCUACUGGCAAAAUAGCCAGUGUGUUCCAUGGAGCACAAGUUGUGGAUAUUUUAUGACAUAUUGACGACGCAUUGUUGCGAGAACGGUCAAGUUGUAGAUCGUGUUUGAAUUGACAAAAUUAAGGGAAAUUUUGCUACAUCCAUAUCAAACAUCACCUAGGUGGACUUGAAGGUGGGUAAGAACAACAAGGAUAUUAAAUUUGAAAAAGAAUCAGAGGAGCCAAGAUUGGGAAAAAUUGUGAACUUAGGUUUGAACUUUGCAAAAGAUACCAAGUCCAAUUCUGGUGAGGUGGUUGAGAACAACAAGGGUACAGAUUUGUUGCAGAAGAGGAGCCAAAAUUCGCAAAGGCUGUGGAAGACAUCAAGUUGAGUUCUCCUAACCAAUAGGGAGUCCAAUACCAAUGAGGUUGUCAAAUCAUGACAUCUGAACAUGGAGACACAAAAUUGACACUAUCCAAAGAUGUUGAAAGUCUGUAGAAGACAUCAAGUUAAAUUCACCAAAGGAUAGGGAGUCCAAUGCUAAUGAGGUUGUCAAAUCAAAACAUCUGAACAUGGAGACAACAAAAUUGACACUAUCCAAAGAUGUUGAGGAGCAAAAGUCUAAGAUAAAUUCACUGGAUGCUCAACUAAUUGAGGUUCACCUCUUAAUCUAGGCAGGAGUAGGAAGGGCCGUUAACGCAGAUACAUCAGAGUCGAGAAGUUGGUCAAUCAUAUAUUACCGCCACAUUGAUUGCUAUGGCACAUACGUUCUAGUUGAUGAUCAAGAUCAGACCCUGUUAGUUAUGUGUAGUCCCACAUUGGAAUGAGAGUAAUAUGUACUUUGUAGACUAUAACUAUAAAUAGGACCUCUUGUAUUAUAUUGAGUAUCUAAUAUCUAUAAUAUAUUCUCUCCCGUGCUUUCUCACA